UCCGCUGCUAAGACCUGGCUGGCUGCGCCCUCCACGAGCAGAACAACUCUCUGGAUCCCCAUGGUUGCCAAGGCCAAGAAGGUUGCUUAUUUCGCGCAUCUCGAGGAGGCGCUCAACUCGUACGCGCGGGCGUGCAUCGUCGACUUUGACUUCGUCGGCUCGAAGCAGGUCAGCGACAUUCGCGUCGCCCUGCGCGGCAAGGCUGAGCUGAUCCACGGCAAGAACACGAUGAUCCGCAAGUGCAUCCGUGACAUGGUUGCGCGCGAGGAGGAGCCGCGCGAGGACUGGGAGUCGAUCGUCAACGUCAUGCGCGGCAACCUCGGCUUCAUCUUCACCAACGGCGACAUCAACGAGGUGAUCGAGGUCCUCGAGGAGUACGUCAAGCCUGCGGCGGCCAAGGCGGGCGUCAUCGCCCCCGCCAGCUGCACGAUCCCGAAAGGGCCGACGGGGCUCGACCCCGCGCAGACCAGCUUUUUCCAGGCGCUCAACAUCGCCACCAAGAUCAACAAGGGCUCCAUCGAGAUCAUCAACGACUGCGAGGUGAUCAAGGUUGGCAACAAGGUUGGUACCUCGGAGGCCGCGCUGCUGACAAAGCUCGGCGUCAAGCCGUUCGAGUACGGCUUGCGCCUCGUCUACAUUUACGAGGGCGGCAUCUUCUCGCCCGACGUGCUCAAGAUCACCGACGCCGACCUCGCGGCCAAGUUUGCCGAGGGCGUCGGCUUCGUCGCCGCCCUCUCUCUCGGCGUGGGCAUCCUGACGGAGGCGUCGCUCUCGUCGGUCAUCCUCGGCGGCUUCAAGAACGUGUGCGCGCUCGCGCUCGAGGCCGACUUCAUCGAGUUCCCGCAGGUCGAGAAGAUCAAAGAAUUUGUCGACGACCCGGAGGCGUGGUGCGCCAAGUACGGCGGCGGUGGCGGCGGCGGCGGCGGCGGCGCGCCGGCGCCUGCGGCGGCUAAGGCGCCGGAGCCGGAGCCCGAAGAGGAGGAGGAGGAGAUGGGUUUCGACCUGUUCGACUAGAGCUGGCCGCGCGACAGGGGCAAAUGAGACGGUUACGUGGAGGGUUUGGCAAGGUCCGAGUUUGGCGUCGCUCCCCGCGCAUGUGUCUCGGCACCGCAUAUGUCUUGAUUAAUUACGUGUACCAAAAAGCCUUC